GAGUAGUUUUUAAUAAGUCCAAGGCUUUCCAGUCAUUAAAUGAAGAGUACCAGCUGUUGCAGAACCCAAGACCUCACGAGCUUACAAAUUAUUAAUCCAAUAAUUUAAUCAUACAAACUCAUAAUUAAUCUCUUCAGACCUCUUGUAUAUCAUCAUGAGUACUCUCUCCUCUGAUCUACUGUGUACUUUGGAAACAAGAAUGGCCAAAAACUAAGACAAGGAAAGAAAAGAAAAGAAGAAUAAGAACAACAAAAUGCAAACCCAGUUGCUGUUCUUCCUCUAUUACAUUGGCCUUUCUCUUGUUUUAGCCAAAGAGGUAGCACCCUUUAUUGUAUCAAACAAUGAAGUAUCUGCCUUACUGUCGAUAAAACAGAGCCUUAUUGAUCCAAUGGAUCAACUUGGAGACUGGAAGCUGCAGAGCAGUGGGUCUGUAGAUCACUCAAUCCACUGCAAUUGGACUGGAAUUUGGUGCAACUCCAAUGGUUCUGUUGAGAAGCUUUAUCUCUCCUACAUGAACCUCAGUGGAAGCGUAUCCGAUGACAUCCAAGGGCUUCACAGUCUCGUCACCCUCAACCUCUGUUCCAAUGGGUUGUCAUCAUCAUUGCCGAAAUCUUUAUCCACUCUUACUCAACUGAGGCAUUUUGAUGUCAGUCAGAACAACUUCAUGGGUGAGUUCCCAUUAGGUCUAGGCAGCCUUGCAGGAUUGGCAGUCGUCAAUGCAUCCAGCAACAAUUUCUCUGGUCUUCUCCCUGAAGACCUUGGAAAUGCUACAUCCCUUGAAAGCCUAGAUUUCAGAGGGAGCUUCUUCCAAGGUUCGAUUCCUACAUCUUUCAAGAAUUUGCAGAAAUUGAAGUUCCUUGGUCUUUCUGGUAACAACUUCACAGGUCAAAUACCGGUAGAGCUCGGUCAGCUUUCAUCACUAGAGACUAUCAUUCUUGGAUACAAUGAGUUUGAAGGUGGAAUUCCAGCAGAAUUUGGUAAUCUCACUAAUCUUCAGUAUCUUGACUUGUCAGUUGGAAGUCUCAGCGGCGAGAUUCCAGCUGAAUUAGGAAGGCUAAAGCAACUGAACACAGUGUUCUUAUACAAGAACAGCUUCAAGGGAAGGAUUCCACCCCAAAUUGGCAACAUUACAUCGUUGGAGUUAUUGGAUCUUUCUGAUAACCAGUUCUCAGGACCGAUUCCGGCUGAGUUCGCUCAUCUGAAGAAUCUUCAACUACUGAAUCUGAUGUGUAACCAACUUACAGGUAUAGUUCCAAUUGGACUCGGGGAUUUGACACAGUUACAGGUCCUGGAGUUGUGGAACAAUUCUUUGACAGGUCCUCUGCCAACGAGUCUCGGGCAGAAUUCAACACUGCAAUGGCUGGAUGUAUCAUCAAACUCACUUUCUGGUGAGAUUCCUCCAGGUUUAUGCAAAGGUAACAAUCUUACCAAACUCAUUCUCUUCAACAAUGCAUUCUCAGGUCCAAUCCCAGUUGGCCUAUCAACAUGUCUCUCACUAGUCCGAGUUCGGAUGCAAAACAAUCUUAUUUCUGGAACCAUUCCACCUGGGCUAGGCAACCUUAAGAAGCUUCAACGUUUGGAACUAGCCAACAAUAAUCUCACCGGAGAAAUACCCGAUGAUAUCACCUCAUCAACAUCGCUUUCAUUCAUUGACCUCUCUCGAAACCAUCUCCAAUCAUCACUUCCUUCCAGCAUUCUUUCAAUACCAAAUCUCCAAAAUUUCUUAGCCUCCAACAAUAAUUUGGAAGGUGAAAUUCCAGAUCAGUUCCAGGACAGCCCAAACCUUGCAGUGCUUGAUCUAUCCGCAAACCGUCUCAUUGGAAUUAUUCCUGCAAGCAUUGCCUCAUGUGAGAGGCUGGUGAAUCUGAACCUUGGAAAAAACCAGCUCACUGGAGAGAUCCCAAGAGCAAUUGGAAUGAUGCCUGCAUUAGCCAUUCUUGAUCUGUCCAACAAUUCUCUUACUGGAAUGCUACCAGACAACUUUGGCAGCUCACCAGCCUUGGAGAUGCUCAAUGUAUCCCAUAACCAACUUGAGGGCCCUGUCCCCACAUAUGGCAUUCUCAGGACCAUAAGUCCAGAUGAUCUCACAGGCAAUGCUGGUCUCUGUGGUGGGGUACUCCCUCCAUGUCCUCGAAGUUACUCCACAAAAUCGCCAAGCCAGAGGAAGAAGACACACAUCAAACACAUAAUUGCAGGAUGGUUUAUUGGAAUUUCAGCGGUUCUAGCUGUUGGGUUGGCAGUUUUUGGCGUCCGAUGGCUAUACAGGAGAUGGUAUUUCAAUAGCAGCUGCUUAGGAGAUGAUCGAUUCAACACGGGCAAUGGAGAGUGGCCUUGGAGAUUGAUGGCAUUCCAGAGACUUAGCUUCACAAGUAAUGACAUACUUGCAUGCAUUAAGGAAUCAAAUGUGAUUGGUAUGGGUGCAACUGGGACAGUCUACAAAGCUGAGAUGCAACGGCCACAUACAAUUGUUGCAGUUAAGAAGCUAUGGAGAUCAUCAGGAGCUGAUAUAGAAGAGGUUGGAACAAGUACUGAUGAUAUAUUGAGAGAAGUAAAUCUGCUAGGAAGGCUUCGACAUAGGAACAUUGUGAGAUUAUUGGGUUACAUUCACAAUGACAAAAAUGUGAUGAUGGUAUAUGAGUUCAUGCACAAUGGCAGUCUUGGUGAGGCUCUUCAUGGCAAACAGGCCGGAAAAUUGUUAAUCGAUUGGGUUUCACGAUAUAAUGUCGCUGUUGGUGUCGCACACGGGCUUGCCUACCUCCACCAUGACUGCCAUCCUCUGGUCAUCCACCGAGAUGUUAAGUCCAACAACAUAUUGCUUGAUGAAAAUCUAGAGCCAAGGAUUGCUGAUUUUGGAUUGGCAAAGAUGAUGGUUCAGAAGAAUCAGACGGUGUCCAUGGUUGCCGGAUCCUAUGGAUACAUUGCUCCUGAAUAUGGAUACACACUAAAGGUGGAUGAAAAAAGUGAUGUAUACAGCUAUGGUGUGGUACUCAUGGAGCUUCUCACCGGAAAAAGGCCACUAGACCCUGAGUUCGGGGAAUCUGUCGACAUUGUUGAAUGGGUCCGAGGGAAACUUAGAAACAACAAAGAAUUAGAAGCAACAUUAGAUUCCAGCAUAGGUGGUCAAUGCAAACAUAUUCAAGAAGAGAUGCUUCUAGUCCUUCGGAUUGCACUUCUGUGUACUACCAAGUCCCCAAAGGACAGACCUUCAAUGAGAGAUGUUAUAACAAUGCUCAGUGAGGCCAAGCCCAGGAGGAAAAGCAGUAGCAGUAAUACUGGCACAAAUACUAUCAAGGAGAAGCCAAUUUUUAGCUCCUCUCCUGUAAUAGCCCUUCUGUAGGAGCAAAAGCCUUGUUUCUUGGGAAUUCUUCUUUUGUAUGUAGCUUUUCUUUCCCUUUUAUUUUCUCCCCUUCACUUUCCCAAUUACAAUAUGUGUCACUAAUCAAGUUGGGGUGUUAUUCAGGGGAGGGAAGGGUACAUAAUUAUUUUUUCCCCUCAACUAAU